AUUCACCACUCUGUACUAUCUCAGCCGACACUUGGAACUUGUCUCUAAAACCCUAGUCUUCUCGCUUCCGUCUCAAGUCAAGUCAACCACCACUGGUGGUUUCUAUCUAUACUUGAAUAAAGUUUUGAUUUUUAAUUUUCAGAAUGGGAGAUUCCGACAGAGAUUCCGGCGGAGGACAAACCGGGAACAACCAAAACGGACAGUCUUCCCUGUCUCCGCGAGAGCAAGACAGGUUCCUCCCGAUCGCUAACGUGAGCCGGAUCAUGAAGAAAGCUUUGCCAGCAAACGCCAAGAUCUCCAAAGACGCUAAAGAGACGAUGCAGGAGUGCGUCUCCGAGUUUAUAAGCUUCGUCACCGGAGAGGCCUCGGAUAAGUGUCAGAAGGAGAAGAGGAAGACGAUCAACGGCGACGAUUUGCUUUGGGCUAUGACCACUCUAGGGUUUGAGGAUUAUGUUGAACCACUUAAAGUUUACUUGCAGAGGUUUAGGGAGAUCGAAGGGGAGAGGACUGGACUUGGGAGGCCGCAGACUGGUGGUGAAGCUGGGGAGCAUCAGAGAGACGGUGGUGUCGGCGACGGCGGUGGAGGAUACUACGGUGGUGGGAUGGGGAUGCAGUAUCAACAGCAUCAUCAGUUUCUUCAUCAGCAGAACCAUAUGUAUGGGUCCACAGGCGGUGGUGGCGGCGGCCACAGUGGAGGAAGGAGUUAAAAAGAUUUGGUGAAGUGGAUCUUUGUAUAUAGAGAUACAUAUAUACUCAUCAAAGUAUUUUAAGUAAUCAUGUUGGCUUAUGUAAAAAUAUGAUUUUGGGGCUUGUGUAAAAGAGGAACAAGUGUGUUUGAAAACAAAUAUGAAUCUGCUCCGUUUGAUCUUUGUAUUUAACUAUUGGAUUUGAAUAGCAUUGAAUGCAAAUGUUUUCGCUUAAGAUAA